UUACAGUAUGACUCAAUGAAUGAUUGAAUGAACCUUUCAUUUCCAAAUAGUACGAAUCAACGGCACAACAAUGGUAAUGGGUCCUAUUGAAGGGAUGCAAGCAGAUGUCAUAUUUGUCAUUGAGGGAACAGCUGUUAAUGGUGCAUAUCUUAAUGAUCUUAAAACAAGUUAUGUUAUACCAACAUUAGAAUACUUUAGUCAAGGUGCCAUAGAAGACAGAGAAUAUGUCUCUGAGAACAGCACAACAUUAUAUGGAAUAGUUGUUUAUCACGCCGCUGAUUGCUUGCCAGCACCUUGUACAGAGACUUUUGGACCUUAUUCAAAUCCUCAUAAGCUAUUGAUGAUGCUGGAUAAGCUUGAGAUGAUUGGUGGAAAAGGAGAAUCGUAUGCAAAUAUAGGUGAAGGUCUUGCAACAGGGUUACAAUGUUUUGAAGAUUUGCAGCUAAAACGAGAGCCUAAUACAGCAUCUCAAAAACAUUGUAUUUUAAUAUGUAAUUCACCUCCGUACCAAAUUAUGAUUCAAGAAACUUACAAGUUUGCUGGCCACACCACAGAACAACUAGCUGCUAUUUAUCAAGAGAGGAAUAUUAACAUCUCUAUAUUAUCACCAAGGAAAAUUCCAGCAUUAUUUAAGUUAUUUGAGAAAGCAGGUGGUGAUCUGAAGGCGUCACAAAAGAAGAAUUACGCCAAGGACCCGCGACAUUUGGUGCUUCUACAUAAUUACAACUUGAAAGAACGUUCUGUUAGCCCUGCAAUAGGUGGUAAUGUUCAUAAUACAGCUGCUACCACUGCACAAAUCCCUCUGAGUCCGUUACAGAGCAACGAUAGCCCGAACACGAAUCAGGUGCAGCAAAAUAUCGCUCCGCCAAACCAACCGCAAGGUCCUCCUUUCCGAAAUCAAGCACCUCAGAAUAUCACUUCCGUACAUCCCGUACAAACCGUAGCACAAACCAUGGCGGCUCCGAUGAACGCCGCACGAGCGCCAUACAAUUCACAAAUAGCCGCACCACCGAAUUAUCAUCCAACAGUGAUAAACCCCAGGAUGCAUACCAAAUGGAUGAGACCUUUCCUAACACCUGGUGCAACUACGCCUGCAAAUACGCAAAACAGCAGCGCAUUAAUAGCACAGUUGACACAACCACCUUCGUUAGGACUCAAUGUGACCACAUUCGGUCAAAGAUUAGAUGGUAGCAACAAUGUCAUGGCGCCUAAUCCGCAACAACAGCAGCAACAACAACAGCAACAACUCACGCAACAGCAACAACAACAAUUGCGAUUAACGAUGCAAUUACAGCAGCAAAACGCUCAGCAAGCCGCAAUGUCCAUGGCCGCCCAAUCGACUCACAAUCAGCCAGGACCGCAGCUUACUGUAUCCUCUAUGAACCAGUCUGUGCCUACUCAAGUGCCGCAAACUGUUGCAGCUCCACAAGCACCAGUUUCAGUAUCUUCUGUAACGCAACAAAUUGCUCCACCUCAGGCACAAGGCAAUGUAUCCACUGGCGCUGUGCAAGGUCAGCAAAUUGUGCAACGCGAACGUCAGAAUAUCUGGCAAGGGAUUUUAGAGUGGAUCGAUAAGGCGAAAAAUCCUACAGAUACACAAAAGCAGACAAGACACGUCCCGUGUCAAGUGUCGGCUAAUUAUAAGAAUGGGGAACCAGAAUUGAAAACAGAUACAUGGCCGCCAAAAUUGAUAAUGCAACUGAUGCCGAAACAGUUAAUAGGAAAUAUUGGCGGCUCUUACAUAAAAAAUUCCAAGUCCGUUAUUUUCCAUCCCACGCCAUGCGAAGCGUUGGAAUCUUUAACAAAAAUGAUGAGCGCCGGAUUUGCUGGUUGCGUCCAUUUCACCUCGAUUGCGCCAAAUCCAACCUGCGAGAUAAAAGUGCUUAUACUCUUAUAUACUGUGGAGAAAAAAUCGUACUUAGGUUUUAUACCGAAUGAUCAAACAGCUUUUGUAGAUCGUCUACGUAAAGUAAUACAACAACAGAAAAUAUCUCAUGCCUCUAUGAGACAAGGCAAUCCUGGACCAGGGAAUACAAUUCCAACACCCAUGCCUACUACAGCUACGCAGGGCGGUAUUCUUAUGUCUCAAACGAAUACUACGGCAAUGGGUGGUGCGCAGAUUACGCAGAGCGUUGUAUCUAGCAGCGCUCCUCAAAUGAAUAUGCAGAACACUGGUAUUAGUGGACCACAAGCAAACGUUGGUGCCGGAGGUAUGAUCACCCAGCAAAGGCCUCAAUUUGAUGAUCUAGAAAUCGCCAGACAUCAAAAUCUGUUGAAGAUUCAACAUCUGAGACAAACGUUAGAGGCCGCUCAACAACAGGAGGCACAGUAUAAAUCGCAGUUGGAAGUAAACAUUCAACAAAACCUGGAAGUGGCGCAGCAACAAGAAAUGCAAUAUAAACAGCAGCUUGAGGCGCAACAGGCACAGAGGGGUCUCAAUCCAGCCGCCAUACCUAACCAACAGGCGAACACUCAACAAAGAUUGAUGCGUCCCGUCUCUACCAAUAAUAUUGGUCUCAGACAUUUAUUGCAACAACCGCAACCUCAAUAUAGACAACAGGUGUUUGGAGUGCAACAGCAAAUGGUCGGUCCAAGAGGACAGAUAGCGACGAGACCGAUGGCACCAGCUAAUACGCAAAAUCAACAAUUUGAGGAUGUACCGAAUUAUGACUUCCUGAAUUGUCAAUAAACAUUUUACUCACUUUUAACUUUUGAAUAUCAGGUAGUGUAAAAAUCACGCGCACGGCAGAUGCCAGAUCAAUCUUGACGCGUGAAAAAAUUUAGAUUUUACCUAAGAAUCAGUAUGUUGGAUCUAAUUCAAAUGCUAAAAAUAAACGCUAAAUCAAAUUUGAUGUUGUUUAGCAAUCAAGAUUUUCAAACUGAUUUCAUUCAGAAAGGAACGGUACAAAUAUGCGUUUAUAUAGUUAUUGCUGUUUUAAUAUAUUUUGAGACGAGAGAUCCUAAGUCUAGCUGAGAGAAAGAGAGAGAGAGAGAGAGAGAGAGAG